UUCGGAUGAAAUGUACAGGAACAGGGCAAGGGCGGCCCAUGUUCUCCAACCAUCAGCUCCUGUAAUUGCUCAGGGUUCUCUUCCUCCUGCAGGAGAUAUGGCACCACCCAACCAGGUUCCGGAGCAGUAUCCAGGAUAUUCAACCCAACCUGCAGGAUAUAACGGAGUCGGAGAAGUUUCAUUUUUCAACCCUUCAACGCUGAAUGGACACAUGGAACCUCAAAUAUUUCCUCAAGAAAUAUCUAGCAAAGGUAUUGGAGCAGCUGAACCUGUGGUUGCUGGAGUUGAAGGGACGGAAGUAUCCUGGAUGAAUCCAGCUUCAUUGAACAACAAUCUCAAUCCUGGAGAGGUCUACGAGGCUCAGUACUAUGGUGAGCAGGUGGAGAAUAAGGAUGAAGGACAGGAGCAGCAGAACCAAUUUAAUCCGGCUUUAACUCUUGAUCCCUCCGGGCAGUGGUACUGGGACUACAAUCAGCAGCAGUGGUUUCCAUACUACCCAGUGGAUCAAAACAAGGAGCAGGGAGAGGACAUGGAGAAUGUUGUGAACAACGUUGGAAAUUUACAACUAAAUGAGCAGGAUGAGUACCCCGCUAACAUGGAGCAAGGUUCUCCAAAUACAGAGUUAAUGCAACCUCGUCCGAAUGAUUACGUUGAAAAUUUAAAGCGAGAAAGACAGGAUAGUGUGAUGUCUAAUGGAUCCCAUAUCCCUGAGCCAAGCUUAGAACGGAAUUCCUCCUUAGAGGUCGAUAAUAUUAAAUAUCAAUAUAAUUACAGUAAUGAACCUUCUCCUUUUCACCAACAGGAUCAUGAACAGGAAUACAUUCCGGAACCAGUUCAUGAACUUCCUCCAGCCACAGAUAGUUCAGCGAGGAAUAUUUCUCCAGCUGGGGCGGAGAACUAUGAAACUGGAACAUCUCUUGGACCUCCAGAUCUUGUUGAUCAUCGACCUAACACGUCUCAACCUGAAAUAGUGUCAGAUAUUAGUCGUCCUGUUCUUCAGAACGGAGCUAACUCAACAGCUAAUUCCGUACCGCCCCCAGAUAUGUUUGCGUCCCUUCCUGGAGCUUCUAUGGUUCAGAAUCCUUUGUACUCUCCUCCAGGACAAGACAAUGCGAGUAUUCCAGAUCUUGGAGCUAGUCUUGGUUACACUUCAAGAGAAGUUCCCGACCUUGGAGCUAAUUCCCCACUUGGAGCCAGGCCUGUGGUUGAUCUUGGAGCUGAACCAGUAAAUCAAUCAGCUCCAAACAAUUUCGGAGCACGGCCCAAACCUAGACCAGAUCUUGGAGGAGAACCUUCGCAAGGUUCACAGUUUGCUCCGGAUCUAACUUCUCAAUCUGUGAUACAAGCUUCUGACAACGCUCCUCUUCCUCCUCCCACACAAACUCAAACUUCAGAAUCUGUAUCUCAUGAUCAACACUACGAUUUCUACAAAGGUCAAUUUGAAAGUGCCAUGCCUGAUAUAACAGGAGGUCGGUCUGGAGUUCCUCCUCCGCUCAGACCCGUUCCAACCCAAGAUACACAAGGAAAAGCUCCAGAUAUUUUGAGAACCGAACCUUUAGUUCCAACUUCGGAUCGGAAUCUUUUUAUGGAGACCGGAGAGCUCAGGGAGGAGGAUGCUGUAAGAGUGAAUUAUCAGGUCCCUGAAACCCUUCCUCCACCUCCUUCCAUGAACCAGGCUCAGCAAUCAGUCAAUAAACCUCCGUCCGAUCUUCCACCGAUGGUCGGAGGUAAUGAUCCCCCAUCCUUGGUUCGGAUGGUUGUUGGAGAAUCUUUAUCUAGUACUUCUCCUCAGACCUCAAAUCAGAGAAUGGUUGAGGGCGAAUCGACUAACCAGCCCAACAUUCUUCAACCUCUGCCAACCAGAGAGGUUGAAGGAGAAGCUCUUCAAGACCCUAGAAAUUUCUCGAAUCAUAGAACAAUUGAGGGAGAAGACGGACCUCCCGUUUCUCAGCAUCCUCCUCCCACUAGAUCCUGGGAGAUUGAUGGACAAGUCGGGAAUCCUUCAUUAAGCAGAGGUUUUUCGCGUGUUCCUAACUCUGGGGAUUCUCAGAACGAGCUCGGAUACAGAUCCUCCGCUCCAACCAGUCCAAUGGAAUCUUCUCCGACUCAUCUGAUGUCCCAAACUGAGACAAGAAGUGCAGCUGCUGGGUCGGAGAGAAGGGACCAAACUGUGAUGGGUGGACCUCCGACUACCAAGGUUCCACCGCUCCCUACCCCAGGUAGAGCAGUGGCUGGACAAGAGUCCUCUACUCCCUACGGGAGCCGACGAAGAGGAGAUAAUCAUAAGAAAUCUACUUACGACUCAGAUGAUGAUCGAAACCAGGACUCAGAAAGCGAACGGGAGAGAGAUAAAAGAUACGUUCAACCCAGGAGAACAGUAUCUCCCGGAGCAAGAUCUAGCCGGUCCAAACCUACCCGUGGAUAUGAUCGGUUCAAUCGAUCUUCGACUGAGCGUGAGGACGAUUCAGACAGGAGACCUCGAGAUUAUCGGGACAGAAGGGAGGAGGACCGGGGGUUUAAGAAGGACUACGGCAGGUAUGUUAAAGGUCGUUACAAGGACUAUCGACGUGGGAGAGAGGACGAAGAAGUUUUUCGGGAUGAUGAUCGGAGAAGUGUUCAUGGCGGAGGAGGAGGAGGUAGAAGGAUCAAGGAUGAAUCCUAUAGGUACAGGGAGGAUCAAUUUUACAGAAGAACUAGGAACGAAUCAGACUUUGAAAGAGAAUCUUUUUACGGAGAGGAUAUUCUGAACAGAUCAUCCCGUCCUGCAUCAAGAGCUGGAUCUGUGAGUCAUUACGACCCCAACGAGAGCGUGUACGGGAGGGGGAUGCAGGGGAGUAUGGCGUACUUCCAACAUCAGCUGAUGCAGCAACAGCUAGCCAUGAUGAAUCCAUUGCAGUACCAGCCCUUUUCUCCAAAGCUGAAUGUGGUAUUUGAAAAGUCUCUGGAUUCGAUUCAGACAGCUGUGAGAGAGAUGGAUAAGAUUAUGGAGAACCCGGAGAAUGUUGGGAUCUAUAAGCAGCACUGGGACACGUACGAGAAGCAACCGCAGUUGAUGGAGAAGCUGCGCCUGGAGAACCCGGUCAUGCAUCAUCUUCUCAUUCAUUUCAAGCAAAAUUUCUGGCACCUGGUGGAGGACAAGAAGAAUAUUGUGAAGGAGGAGUUGGUUGAGAAUAAGGAGGAGGACGAGGAGAUGGAACAGUUUGCCAGACAUUUCCACCAACUCUCACCUUCACACAGGCCUGAGUCUAGGCAGGCUGGACAGGAAUCUACAAUUCAUGGGACGGAUGACUCAGGUUGGAGAGAAUCUAGCUCUGUCCUACCGGAGAGGUUGACUCCUCUAAUGUUCUCAAGACCACACGUAUGCGCAAGAAUUUCUGCCUCCGGAAUUUUGAUAAAAGUUGAGCCUGCAGCUCCUAAUGAAGGUCAAACUGCUACCGUUGAAUUACAUUCCAUAUCCGCGCUGCUCUCUCAUACGAAGGAGCACCGUCAACUUUCAGCAUUCCCCGGACCCCUCAACCCUCGGGAAACUCACAAGAACGACGUGAUCAAGUUCUGUGAGCGAAAGAUCAGUGAAGGACGGGAUCGGAGAAUGAUGGAUCGUGAGAGCUAUGAGCUCCUGUGGAACAUGCUGAUCCUACUGCUCCGACAGAAGGGUCAGGUCGAGGGAAGUGAUCUAGCAGAUUUAUUACUCCGAGAAAGCAGAGCUGAGAGUGGCGAUGACUUUAAUAAUCGGAGUCGAGCUUCUUCCUACCGAGGAAACCAGGAAAAUUCAUCCGGACACCGAGGGAACCCGGAGCAAAGAGAAGAGUCCUCAGCUUCCUCAUUACACAGUGAAGAUCACGGGGAUAGAGUCACGUUCUCUAAAUCCGUAAUUAAUCAACCAGCUUCUCAGGAUGAGGUUGUCUCCAGGUUCCGUUCCUACCUACUCCAUGGUAAUAAACAGGAGGGGUUGGAGUUUGCCAUGAACAAGGGUCUGUGGGGACACGCCCUCUUCCUUGCUAGUAAGAUGGAUCAGCGGACCUAUGCUGGUGUAAUGACAAGGUUUGCCAACGGUCUUGCUGUCAAUGAUCCUCUGCAGACCUUGUAUCAGCUGAUGUCUGCUAGGAUGCCGUCAUCAAUGAAAUAUUGUGUAGACCAGAGAUGGGGAGACUGGAGACCACAUCUAGCAAUGAUACUUUCAAACCCUCUGCCAGGAUCAGAUAUUCAUAGGAGAUCUAUGAUAACACUGGGAGAUACUCUGGCCAGCAAGGGUCAACUGUUUGCUGCGCAGUUUUGUUAUAUCGUAGCAGCAGUAGACUUCGGAACUUAUACUAAAAAAUCAUCUAAGUUGGUUCUCCUUGGUUCUGCAGUUGGAGAUAAGAGUGUGGAGGAGUUCGCCACCAACGAGGCAAUACAGUGCACCGAGAUCUAUGAGUUCGUCCAGAAGCUUGGCAAUCAUGAGUUCGAGAUGCCAACCCUACAGCCAUUUAAAUUCCUGCACGCUGUACGACUUUGUGAAGCUGGAUUGGCAAGCAGAGCUCAGGAUUAUUGUCGGGAGAUUGCAGAGUACGUAAUGAGGAAUCCGACCAGGGUCGAGACAGAUUUUCUCCCGGAUUUCCUGCAACAGUUGUCUCAUCUUUCAGAAUGUCUCAAAUAUCAGGAUCCUCAGUAUACAACUAGUUCCGGAGAACUGAGCGAAAUUGCAGACCCUGAGUGGAUGACUAGGUUUAGAGAUGUGAUACAAAAUCUGACCUACGGAGCUACAGAAGACCACACUCAACAGGAAUCCUUGUCCUAUGGAGGAGAAGUAGAACAUAACGGAUACUAUGAUCAGCAGUAUCAAUACUAUCAGGAAGGAUACGAGAACACGGAGCAGGAAACCAACCAGGCGGAGUAUAACGAGGAAAACCAGGAACCUGGUUCUGAGGAAGUGCAAGAAACUCCUCAGGAAACCUUGGCUGCAGAAGACAACAAUGAGCAGGUCCCAACCCUUCCACCUUUAUUUAACCCUGCGGAGUAUGCCCCCCAGCCUGUAGAACCGGAACCUGCUUAUCAUCCUUCUGCCGAAGAUACAGGAAGGAAGAGUUCUAUCACAGAAACCCCAAGUUUUUCCUCUGCAGCUGGACAAAGGAGCAGACAAGCUUCAAUUACAGACCAGCAGAAUUUUGGUUACUAUUCUAAUAUUCAACCUAAUCAUCCUCCAGUUCUAACACCUGCUACCCAACCCAACCCGGCUCCAACCCCUGCUCCAGUCCCUAAUAAGCAGACUACACCUAUGGAGACAAAAGUUAAGAGUGGAACGGACUCGAAGCAAAGCAACGGAAAACCCUUAAGUUCCGCUCCUAGUAAGAAAUCUAGUUGGUUUGGUGGCAUUUUUGGGAAAAUAUUAAAAGCUCCGAACCAGGUUCAUCUUCCGGAUGAUUCUGACAAAACUAUUGUUUUCGACGAAAAGUUGGGAAGGUGGGUAAACCGGGACGGCGACGAAGAUACCCUUGCUCCGGCGGCUCCGCCUCCAAUGGAUCCAACAUUCAUGAACUCUUUGCCUUCUCCGGACUCUAAGCCUGGAAUGAUGAGCUUACCCGCCGGUUCUCCGCCAGCUCAGAGCUUUAGAGCUCCAAAGCGUCGAGGACGUGGCUACGUUGAUGUUUUUGGUCAAUCUGGAGUAACUAAACCUGUGACAGCUCCACCAAUGCUGCUUCCUACGGACUCUAGACCCACCAGUCUUCCUGUUUCUCCAAUGAUUUUCAACCCAAGCCUGAGUCCGACCAGUGAAGAAGGAGGUCAGGAGAUGAUGUCUUUACCAAACCUUGAGACGAGUUCUCAGGUCGGCGGGAACCCUCCUCCUCCUAUGAUGAUGUUCAACCCCAGUAGUAUGGCGAGCGUCACGGAUCCUCCAGCGUUCUAAUAGUUUUCAGUUCUUCAAACCAGUGAAAAAUGAUUCCUUGAAAAUCGGAGCUAGCUUGUAAACCGCCAUUUGUUUGCGGAUUACCCACAUCGUUUUUACCUGGGCCUAGUUGUUAAAAAUGUGCUGAUAUUUAUUCCUAGUUUCAUCCAUCAUGCUCCUUCAAAUAUCAUUCACACAGAACACAGUCGAGAUCAAAAUAUCUCACGAGCAUUUGGUUGCGGAUACUUUUAUACACAACUUUAUCAGUCAACAACUUAUUGGUGCAAUCAGUGUUGAGGUUUUAUGUUAAAUUUUAGAGAGAAAAAACCAGAAGCUGUAUAUUCUUAUCCUUGUUUUCCUUGGUUCCCUUUAAUCUAUUGAAGUUAGUUCGGGCAAAUUGUGAUUAUAUAUAUUUAUUAUUUAUGCAGUUAAUUUGUCUUGUAUAGUAAGUUCAGUUUUAAUACAAUUCAUAUUUAUUGGA